AUGGCGUCGACCGGAAUAAACGAAGAGAACGUUCUGCAGCAGGACACGGUCGUCCGGUCCCUUAAAGCGACGUACGCGGUGCACAAAAUCAUCGGCACCGGUCGUUUCUCUCGCGUCUACAAUGCAUCGGAGGUGGGCACAGGCAAUUCGGUAGUGAUCAAGGCUCUGAACGAUGAGGGCUCCAGCACAAGAUUGGACCGAAAACUGUACCUCAAGGAACUGGACUUUUUGAACAAGCUCAAGUCCAGUCAGUUGCGGUCCCGGUACGUCCAGUUGAGGGACACUAUCCCGCUCAAAUCAGGAAUGAUAUGUUUCGUCAUGGAGAGACUGAGCACCACCCUGCAAGCAGUGCUGCACAACAUUGGUCCGCUGCCAAUGUGCAUGUGUCGGCCGAUCGUCAGACAGAUCGCACAAGGAUUGGCCGGUUUGAAGUGUUUGGGGAUCGUGCACGCCGACCUCAAGCCCGACAACAUAAUGUUCAACUCCGGGACGGGGAACAAUAUUCUGGUGAAGAUCAUCGAUUUUGGUUGGGCAUUUGACAUGAAGAACGUACACACAAUGUACCAAAAGGAGAUACAGGCGAUCCCGUACCGCGCACCUGAGGUGUGCUUCCAAGGCAGACUGGACCAUGGUCUGGACAUGUGGGCCCUGGGAUGUAUCAUGCCGGAAAUUGUUACUGGCGUCAAGUUGUUUGACGUGGAAGAGGAGGAGCUGUUGGUCAAAAUGAUUAUACGUACACGGCCCAUGCCCAAUUACUUGGUAACGGAUUUACCAGCGGAUAUUCUCGAAACGGAACUCACCGUCGGUUGGAUUCAAUUUCAG